AAGAAAAAUAUUCAAUAUACAUUUCGUCGGCCCUGUUAUCAAUUUUUUUAAUGAUAAAAACUAUUAAAAGAUUGUAUUAUAAAGGUUUGUCGGUUGCCGGUUUUUUAACCAUAUAGCAUCAGUAGCCGGUAAUCAUGCUAAAAACAACAACAACAAAGUUCAAGUAAAAGUAAAAUAAUAUAAAAUUGUAAAAAUGUCAUCAGAGAUUACCUCACCUAAAGAUGUAAAAGAUUCAAUAAGGAGAAUAAGUCCAGAGUUAUUAAUUAAAAAAUAUUUCCAGCAAUUAACAUCAGGUUGCGGCAGAAAAAAUUGCUCUAAUAAGAAAUGUGUUUCUGGAGGAUUUGUUGCAAUGAAUUGUGAAGAUGCUGCUGUAAUGGCACUUAAAUGCAUAAUUGAAAAAGCACAAAUUUGUGAAGAUCAAGUUGACCCAAUUACUUCUUCUGACCAAGUACUCAGUUAUUCUUAUAUAAAAAAGUUAAUUGAAUCUUGCGACAAUGGAAAUUUCUUGCCAUUACUUCAUAUUCUUGGAAAGGCUUUUUCUUCACCUGAUCUAAUGAACAAAAGUUUUAUUGCAACAAAAAACAUUAUUCCAAACAGUCCUGAAUCAAUUAUACCUCUUGAUUAUAAUGAAGUUAUAGAUUUUUAUAAUUUACUGUUACAACUUGAACUUGAACCCAUUGAAAAUGUUAUAAUUAAUGGAAUCAUUGCAUUAGCAAGUAGUUUUGAAAUAAAGUUAAAAACAAAUACCUUGUUUGAUAAAACUGAUUUGAAUCAGUUUGUUAUUAUUUUACUAAAUCCUAACCUUCACAGUCCAGAAUAUUUUGAAUGUGCUCUUCCAAAUAUUCUCCAGGCUUUAGUUUCUCUACCUGUCAAUUUGCAAGCCAUUCUUGCAACUUAUUUAUCAAAGCUUUCAUCAUCAAGUCUUAAAAAAAUACUUGAUGUUUUUCAGCAGCUGAUUACCGUAAGAAUAUUGACGGGACCUCAUGCUACAAAUGGGACUUUUGUCAACGAUGACAGAAAUAUCACAAACUCGAUAAAAAUGAUUAAAAUUAUAUAUUAUGCAAGUAUUCUUGGAGGAGAUAUGGAAAAAACCCUAAAAUACUCACAUUCUGCUGAUAAAAAGAAUUCUCACGACAUUGUAGAACUAUCAAGAGCAACCUCGCCUAAAAACACUUGUGUUAUAUUAGAAGACUUUUUGGAGGUUGACUUGUCGAGAUGUCGUAAGCCAUUAAUUCCAUAUGAUGAUUUUAUAAAUGAUUGUUUAAAUGAUGCAAUAGAAAUGAGUGUUGACUAUUCAAACUUUAAGCAUGGAAACGAUAAGUUUUCUUUCUUGCAUUUUCCUUUUGUUUUAAAGACAUCGACAAAAACUUUGGGUUUGUUUUAUGAUAACCGAGUUCGUAUGUAUAGUGAAAGAAGAAUAACAUUGUUAACUGGGUUAUUACAAGGCCACAUACCAUCUCCAUACUUAAAGCUAGUCGUAAGAAGAGAUCAUCUAAUUCAAGAUUCACUAGUUGGGCUAGAAAUGGUAGCUCAAGACGAGCCUGAAGAUUUUAAAAAGCAAUUUUUUGUAGAGUUUGAAGGAGAACAAGGCAUUGAUGAAGGAGGUGUUUCUAAAGAAUUCUUUCAGUUGAUUAUUGAGGAACUUUUUAAUCCAGAUUUUGGAAUGUUCACAUUGAAUGAAACAACUCGCACCUAUUGGUUUCAUCCUACUUCCUUUGAAGCUGCCAGUCAGUUUAUGCUAAUUGGUGUGUUAUUUGGGAUCGCAAUAUACAAUAGUAUUAUACUUGAUGUUCGUUUUCCAGCAGUUUUAUAUAGAAAACUCUUAGGCUAUUCAGGAAAAUUUGAAGAUUUAAGUUCAUCUCACCCUGAAAUUUACUUCAGUUUGAAUCAACUUCUUUCUUACAAUGGCAAUGUCAAAGAAGAUAUUAUGGCAUCAUUUCAAAUAAGUUAUAGUGACAUGUUUGGUUCAACUGUUUCACAUGAGCUUAUUGAAGGUGGCAAAGAUAUAGAAGUAACAAAUCAGAACAGAGAAGAGUAUGUAGCGCUGUAUGCUGACUUUAUUCUAAAUACAUCUGUAAAACAGCAGUUCGAUGCUUUCAAAAAAGGUUUUGAUAUAGUGACAAGUCAUUCAAUUUUGAAAAAAAUAUUUCGACCAGAUGAGUUGGAAUUACUUGUUUGUGGCAGUCAGAUAUAUGAUAUCAAUGAACUAGAAAAUGCUACCGAGUAUGAUGGUGGGUAUUCAAAAGAUACUCCUGUAAUAAGAUAUUUUUGGCAAGUCAUUCAUGAGAUGUCUUCUGAUCAGGCUAAACAAUUUUUAAAUUUUACAACCGGAAGUGAUAGAGUACCGGUUGGUGGUUUGUCAAAACUUAAAUUAAUUAUUGCAAAAAAUGGAGAAGAUUCAGAUAGGUUACCUACUGCUCAUACAUGCUUCAAUGUCCUACUUCUACCAAAAUAUUCUAGCGUUGAUAAACUCAGGGAACGAUUAUUAAAAGCUAUUUCUAAUGCUAAAGGUUUUGGUUUGAUGUAACUCUAAAAAAUCAUUUGUAAAUGCUUCCUUUUUAUAGAAUGAUAAGCUUUUUUUUGUG